GUUUCCUGAUGAAGUAGAUGGUACCAGAAAUACUGUGCUUCCCAAGCCGUUGUGUACAAAACAAACAUAAGCCAGAAUCGCGGAACGGAGUUUCGCAGUUUGGCAGCAUACGCACCAGGAACAUACGCACAAAACAAUGGUGGCACGUGCGGGCCGAAGCCGUUUCUUUGCCUGCCUGGGGCUGCUGAUUGUGAUGGUUGGUUUUGUCACGAUGUUCCACAACUCCCAGCAACAGCUGGACGAGUUGCGACAGCUCGGAUUACGGUGCGAACAGCAGCAGAAAUCCGUCCAGGCGCAGAUGGAAGUGAUCGUCGAUCAGAAGCUGCGUUUGGAGAAUUCGCUCGAAUCGGAACGUAUGAUCAACGAAGCCAAUCGGAAAGAGUUGAAGCAGAAGGCAAAGGAGGAAAAGGAAGAACACAGCAAAACCUCGAUGGAAGCGAACAUACGGUACGCGUCCCUACAGCAACAGUGCAAUCUGGUCAAAAGCCAGCUCGGUGACCUGACGGAAGAGUGCAGCCGGGGCAGGAAACAGCAAUCGGAGGAGAUCAAUUCGCUUCGGCUAAAGGUGUCCGAGCUACAGGGAAAGGUACAACGGUACAAACAGGAAUCAGCGAACGAUGCAGAACAUUUGAAGGCUCAAAUAGUACAAUUAAAGAGCGAUAAGCACAACCUGGAGGCAACGUUACGCCAGCAACUCGGCGAAAAGGAUCAUGUGAUUGAGCAAAUGCGUGAUUUGGCGACAAAGAUGGAAAAAGAAAAUGCCCAUUACCUCGAGCAUUGCAAGUUACCGGCGGAACAGCUUCCGAAGCAACAUCACCGCUACCGGGACGUGCUGGAAGCGCUCUCCAGGGACGAUGCAUCGAAAGCGAACGCACCGGUGCACAAUUUCAACGAGCAGCUAUCCGUGAGUGAUGACUUGUACCGCAUACCGGUAGCGUUAAGAACCCGGCACUUUGCUACCCCACCGGGCAACCUUUUCGGUGCCAGCUUCACCACGGUAUCUAUCGGUCUAUCGCCCUCAACCUUCUCUCCCCCUUUCGCCACUAACAAAAGGUCCAGCCUGGGUGUGGGGCUGCCGCAGGCCUCGGAAGAGCAAGAAAUGCGCGUCAUUGCAAAUCCGUUCGAGGUCGUACCCCGGGCGGUCGAUGCGAAGCGCAGCGAACGACACAGCCCGGAAACGGUGCCGAACACUAACCCCACGAUACAUCCGGCGCUCGAUGGUGGUAUCAUUAAUUCUGUGGAAAAUUUUCAGAUCAUUCCAAAACCGCUGCCGGCGGAGGCCGCACCAGAAGGCGCACCAGCCAACAAUGUGUUGCAGGAACCACAGCUGCUGAAGACUUCCACAUCCGUAUCGACUGGUCACAAACGAUCAUCGGACCGCAACCUGCAGCUUCCAAUUUUGGCCGCACCAACCGUUCUACCCGGUCCACCAUCGUUGGAACAUUCUAGCAAGCGCACUAACAACGGUGCUGACGGUGGUGGAGGAACUCUGUCCGGCAGCAGCAGCAGCACAACCUCAACUACCACCAACGCGUCGGUACGAAAGGCUGCUGGAGCGGCCCCGAACCGUUCGGCUGGAUCAGCGGCAAGGAAACCACUGAGCAACCGGCACACGAAACAAGUGCCCGUUGGAAUCGUUCCAUUCCCCGACAUUAUGCCAGAACUGGAACAAAACAUCAGCGAAAACAUCCUAGACAAUCGGUACGCCAAUGUGGCCGCAGCUGCAGCCGGAGGAUCGACCGGAGUUGGGCGGCCCAUAGCAGAACCUGGUGGUGGUGGUGGAGCCAGUUCUGUUGGCAUGUCGAAAAAAGCUUUCGCCGAUAAACAACGCCGACAUGGUAGCGCUGACUUGAACUUCCUGAACGGUGGUGGAGCUAAUGCUGCGGAUGAUAAUGGUGCGCAUGAAGUGCAGGAUACCGAAAUGAGAGCAAAGCGCCCCGCCGCAAUUGGUGCGGACGGCGAGCGAGGGGCAGACAAUGGGGCACCGGCCGAGGGCGACGAUGAUCAGCUGGCGAUGGGUAACGAAAACAAUCUGAAUGCGGCUGAGGAGGACACCAAUCUGUACGAUAACGCAAACGAUGCCGCAGCAGUUGGUCUUGGAAACAAGCCACAGUUUGGUGGCGGUGACCGUCAACACCAUCUAGAUUACAAUGAUGUGAUGGUACCUGGGCACGGUAUCGGUCGACAUAUCGGAUCGAAACGACGGGAAGGUCCCGCUGGUGCUGGUGGCAUUGAUAGCAAGGGCGUCAUCAUCGAUCGUUUGGGCGAUAAGCUUAUCAACGAAAUUGCCCACGAUCACGGCAAGGAAGGCGAUAAUUAUCCGAACGAAAUGGAAGAUCUGCAUCUGGUUGGAAACGAAGCGGAAGAAGAGGACGUGAGCGAUUAUGAUGAUCCAACGGCACUGAAACAAGGACAUGCCGAACGCAACUAAAAGUGUUCCAAAUGUCAUGAACAUGAGGUCCCUCUUUCACAACGUCCUCGAUCGGAAAAUGACUGACGUGAAUGUUUUUUUUUCGAGUUCUGACUGAACUGCACACCACAGCUAAAAACCUUACUUAGCACAACAUGAAGCAUGGGCAAUAACGAGACUUCCGUCACAUACCGGUGGCGUAUAGGAUAAUUUCAUUAACCAUCUCUCUCUCCCAUCCACCAACCAUUUUAUAAAUAGUUCGGAGCGAAAAGUUGAUGAUGAAUACGUUAGGGAUUAAAAACACACACACCUUUCACUCAAAAUACGAUACAAAUAGAUCGGUGAUGCGUUAAAGAACAAAUUUGCAAGGAUCACAGUCGAUCGAAUCGUUAGACAUCGUCCAUUUAGUGCAGCUCUUUUCAUUUUCGUUGUACUUGUUAAAAGUUUGCACCUGUAUUAGAAGUAAUUGGUUCCUUUCAUAUCAUAUUGUUUUUUUUUUUAUAUAUAUCAAUAAUAGGGCUUAGAACUUUUCUUUUUUGUAUGGUGGUACUAGUGAAAAGACCUGAAAUCUCGACUGAAUGAACUCCAUCAUUUUGGUCUAUUUAUCCAGUCGAUCUCUCUAGAUUUCUUAAUGUUGAUUCUAUUUCUUUAAGUUUUCAUCUUGGUUGAAAUCGCAUCUGUUGAUUUUAUCUCUGUUAUCUAAAGCUAGUAAUGUCGCUCCCCGAACAAAUGCCAUAUUUGUUACUUUUAUUUAUUUGUGUACACAAGCACUUGCCUGUUUCUCGAUGUUGCUAUCACAAGUGCUAAUGUUCGGUGAUUGAAAUUUCGAUACUAAAAAAACACGUGCACAAAAGAUUACACUUGAAAUGUCUGGCAGUUGAACAAACAUUAUUACUACGGCGCGUUACGUUAAUCAUCACACUUCCUCACCUUCACUCGGUCGUCAAACGGAGCGACAGCGGGAACAAAGUUACUCAGGGCGCUAAGUAAAUCGCCCCCAAGAACAAUACUUAACUGUACGGUUUACAAAACAAAAACACACUCAGCUUAUAAGCCCACUCACUCUUUCUCUCUGUCGUUUAGUGUUAGUGGAAAUGGUAUAAAUGUAAGCAAGAAACAAUUUGUUAGUCCUGUAAGUAAAUCGAAUCGAAAUAUGUAUAUUAUGUGAUUGAGAUUAUUUUUUUUUCGCCCAGGUGCAAGCAAAGCACAACCCCGGACGCGUUUAUGUUGCUAUUUUAAACCAGAUUGUACUGAGAGAUGCGGAAAUCUUAGCUGCGUAGUUUGUAAGACAGAAAACGCAAAUACAUUGUAGUAUUCAAACGUACUGGUGAAAAGUUGUGGACAAAACAAAAU